AUGGCAUCCGCAGUGUCGGCCAUCUUCAUCCUGGAUCUCAAGGGAAAGGUCCUGAUUUCGCGAAACUACCGCGGUGAUAUCCCCAUGUCUGCCGUCGAGAAGUUCUUGCCCCUGGUCCUCGAGGCCGAGGAGGACAGCCAGGCACCAGCACCAUGCUUCACCGACGAUGGCAUUAACUACCUCUACAUUCGACACAACAACCUCUUCUUGUUGGCAAUUACGCGCAAGAACUCGAAUGCGACGACAGUGAUGCUCUUCUUGCACACGAUCGCCGAAGUCCUGACGGAGUACUUCAAGGAGCUCGAGGAAGAGUCGAUCCGGGACAACUUUGUGAUCAUUUAUGAGUUGCUGGACGAGAUGAUGGACUUUGGAUACCCUCAGACGACAGAAUCCAAGAUUCUUCAGGAGUACAUCACCCAGGACGCCUAUAAGCUCGAGGUCCAGGUCCGUCCCCCCAUGGCCGUCACCAAUGCCGUUUCGUGGCGUUCAGAGGGCAUCCGGUAUCGCAAGAACGAGGUCUUUUUGGAUGUGGUUGAGUCUGUCAACUUGUUGGUCAAUGCCAACGGAAACGUGUUGAGGAGCGAGAUCUUGGGCGCUGUCAAGAUGAAGGUCUUUUUGUCGGGCAUGCCCGAACUGAGACUUGGACUGAACGACAAGGUCAUGUUCGAGAGCACCGGACGCUCGCCUACAAAGGGCAAGUCGAUUGAGAUGGAGGAUGUCAAGUUUCAUCAAUGUGUGCGCCUUUCAAAGUUCGAGAACGACAGGACAAUCUCCUUUAUCCCCCCAGAUGGCGAGUUUGACUUGAUGACCUACCGUCUCAACACCCAGGUCAAGCCUUUGAUCUGGGUUGAGGCUCUUGUCGAGAACUACACAGGAAGCAGAGUCGAGUACCUCAUUCGCGCCAGGGCUCAGUUCAAGCGCCGUUCAUCAGCGAACAACGUCGAGAUUCAUAUCCCUGUCCCUGAGGAUGCGGAUUCACCAAAAUUCAGAAGUGGAAUUGGUUCCGUACAAUAUGUCCCUGAGAAGGCCUGUGUCAUUUGGAAGAUCAAGCAGUUCCAAGGCGGCAAGGAGUUUUCGAUGAGAGCACACUUUGGACUUCCAUCUGUCAAGAAUUUGGAGGAUGCGGAUAAGAAGCCCCCAAUGUCGAUCAAGUUCGAAAUCCCCUACUUCACAACAUCAGGAAUCCAGGUCCGAUACCUCAAGAUCCAGGAACGUUCGGGCUACGCAGCGUUGCCAUGGGUCCGCUACAUUACACAAAACGGCGAUUACCAGAUGAGAAUGCCAGACAGCAUCAAGGCCUCCAAGAUGGCGCCCAUCUAA